GUUUUGCAGAUUCGGUUUAUUCUUAUCCAAAACAGGGCAGGUAAAACAAGGCUGGCGAAAUGGUACAUGAACUUUGACGAUGAUGAAAAACAGAAACUUAUUGAAGAAGUUCACGCAUUGGUGACUGUGAGAGAUGCAAAGCACACGAACUUUGUAGAGGUACGCUAUGAGAACCUGAGGACUUUUCCCUUUGCUGCUCGUUAUGAGAAGUGUGCCUAUUUGUUUGUCAGUGUCUUAUGAUGACUUCCACGCUGUUUGAUCGAGGAACAAGUUACUAACUCUGGAGUGUGAGUCUUACACCUGUGGGCUGUAGAAUGAAAACGCUGAUCUGAGUUAAAAAUCCUCGCUGCUCGUGCAAAUUACCCGUUGUUUAGCUCAUCUACGGAUUUAAUUCAUUUCACUUUCAACAAAUAUUCGAAGAAAUUUAAGUAAUUAGGAAAAAUUGAAUAUUUGAGUGCUCAUUGAAACAGUCAAGGGCUGAACAGUCAUUUGCUUGUUGGUGUUUGGGACUGAACACUGAACUGAGUGAUUGCCAGAAAAUAUCAAGAAAAAUUCGGAGCUCAUUCUCACAUGUCAUCAUAAUGCUCGCAUCAUUUAUGAAGUAGUCAUGAUACACAUUCUUUGAUGUUAUUGAUUGAUUAAAAUAGCUUAAAUAAGACCCCCAGUGGAAUUUGUGGAAAAUUGUCUCUAGAAUUACUAAAUUUCGAGUAUCAGUGUCCGUUAAAGCCUAAGAUAAUCAAGCUAAGAUAUAUAACUGCAACACAAUAUCAAUUUUUUUUCUUGUAGUUUCGUAACUUCAAAAUUGUAUAUCGUCGUUAUGCUGGGCUUUACUUCUGUUUCUGUGUGGAUGUGCAUGAUAACAACUUGUAUUAUUUAGAGGCCAUUCAUAAUUUUGUUGAGGUAAGAUAAAAGUAAUUUCUCCUUGUUUUGUUUGUGUGUAUGUAUAUAUGUAUGUCCACUUAACUGACCUCUUCCCCAAUAGGACUUUUCAAGGCUAAUAUGAAUGAAUGAAUGAAUGAAUAAAUAAAUGAAAGAAUAAAUAUAGAGUUUAAAAAUCCCAACUGGCUGGAAGUAGACCAGUUGGCUAUAUACCAAGCACAGCCAAGGAGUUGAACUCAGGGCAGCCAGAUUAAAAACCUAUUGUCCUAACUACUUGGCCAUGCUGCCUCAGUCUGUACUACCACUGUAAUGUUCAACAGUUUCUGGUUUAUAAGCAAAACUUGAAAAUCAAAACUCCUUAAUUAGUUGGGUGGUAUAAUAGUGAAGGUAGUGCUACAAUUAUAUUUAGAAAAAGUCUAUUUGGAAGGUUGCCACUUUUUCGUCUUGUUUGUGUCUCUCCCUAACCUUAUGGUCAAGUUCAGCAACUGUCACUUAGUGGCAGAUGUUAAAGUGAUGUGCUUGUCAUUGGGCGUAUGGGGGUGUGCUUAAACUUCUCUUGUAACUUUCAAUAUACAUGAUACCAUUCUGAUUGCUGCAACAAUAGGAUCUUUAAGGACACACACAGUGUCCUUAAGUAAGUUCUACAUGUGAUAACCAUAAACCACAAACAUGACAUUGUUCAUCAUUUUGCAGGUCUUAAAUGAAUUCUUCCAUAAUGUUUGUGAACUGGACUUGGUGUUUAACUUCUACAAGGUAAACCUGAUUGGAAAAAUGCUUUAAUAUCUUGCUGAAAAUAUUGUAGAACUGUAGAACUCUUUAUGGCCAAAGUGUUUUUCAUUUACUCCUGUAUAGAGAAACUGGAUUAUUUUGACAGAAUAAAGAUGUAAACACUUUUAUAAGCAGAAUGCACAAAUUGCUCUUUGCCUGAAAUGGACAGGUGUAGAGUUUCAUCGAUUAAAGUGAAACCCAGAUCGAAUGCUUUCUUGAAGCAUAAGAUAUUUUAAAAUUAGUCACAACCUUUCAAGGGGGCAAGAGCCCAUAUGCCCAUUUCACUCUCCCAAUAGCCCAAUGUACCAGCUGCUGGGAAUACCUUGAAAAAUGUGAUUUUAUACAAGACUUGUAAUCAUGUGGUUGGGCAUGGGCAAUUAAGACUAUGAUAUCAUGCUUAAUAAGACAGUCCUGUUAUAUUGAUGGAAAUCUUCAAAGACUAAGUGUAUAAAAAUGCCAUUUUUUUCCUGGGUUGUUAAUCUGGUUAUAUUGUUUCAAUCUUGGUAUCAGGUAUAUUCUGUUGUUGACGAGAUGUUUUUAGCUGGGGAGAUCAGAGAGACCAGUCAAAGCAAAGUUCUAAAGCAACUUCAGAUGCUCCAGCAGUUAGAAUAG